GAAUAGCCAUGGUGGUGACCCACCUGACUUUGGAGCUGCGUUUCCAGGGGAGCAAGCUGAGGGGCUUCACAUGCAAACUGACCCGCUCAGUCCAUGGCUUCCUUCCAGAGAGGUCACGGACGAUUGCAGCCCAGGUCCUGGUGCCGUACCUGGUGUCCGGCCUGGGCAUGGUGGCAGCUGGGAUACUCAUGGAUACAGUGCAACACUGGGAGGUGUUCAAGGAUAUCUCAGAUGUUUUUAUCUUGGUGCCGGCCCUGGUGGGGCUGAAGGGGAAUCUGGAAAUGACAUUGGCAUCCAGACUGUCAACAGCAGCCAACACGGGGCAGAUGGAUGAGGCCCAGCAGCAGUGGAGGAUGGUGCUCUGUAAUCUGGCUCUCAUUCAGACGCAGGCCACGGUUGUGGGCUUCCUAGCAGCCGUUGCAGCAGUGGGUCUCGGGGCUCUGACCAGGGGGAGAGUUGAUGUUAUCCAGGCUGCCAUCCUGUGUGCCAGCGGCGUCACCACUGCUUUCAUUGCAGCACUGUCUCUAGGUCUGGUGAUGGUGGCCGUGAUCAUUGGCUCCAGGAGAGUGGGCAUAAACCCGGAUAACGUGGCCACACCCAUCGCGGCCAGCCUCGGUGAUGUCACCACGCUGUCCGUGCUCGCUGGGGUCAGCAGCCUCUUCUACUGUUACAGAGACAUGUGGUGCCUACCUCCUGUGGUGUGUGUCUUCUGGCUGCUCCUUAUCCCAGCGUGGGUCACCAUUGCCUGCCGGUCUCCACCGGUCAGAGAGGUCCUGAAGUCAGGCUGGCACCCAGUCAUUUUGGCCAUGUGCAUCAGCAGUCUUGGUGGCCUGAUUCUGGAUAAGACAGUGAGUAAUCCAAACUUUGCAGGUAUGGCAGUGUUCACGCCGGUCAUCAAUGGUGUAGGAGGAAAUCUGGUGGCCAUCCAGUCCAGCAGGAUGUCCACCUACCUCCACUACUGGACUGUUCCUGGAGCGCUUCCGUUUGAAAUGAGUGCAACAUGUCCUGCUCCCCGUGAUACUUUCUGCUCCUCAGAUGUGAACUCCAAAACAACCAGAGUCCUGGUCGCCCUGGUAGUGCCAGGUCACCUCCUCUUCCUGUACACCAUCCACCUCCUGCAGGGAGGCCACACUACCAUGACACCCACCUUCGUCAUCUGCUACCUGUGUGCAGCUCUGCUCCAGGUGGUGAUUUUGCUUUACGUGGCCAGGCUGCUGGUGCGCUGGCUGUGGCGAAGGGGACUAGAUCCAGACAAUUUCUCAAUCCCUUACCUCACGGCUCUUGGUGACCUGCUGGGGACCGGCCUCUUGGCUCUGAGCUUCAGACUGACUCUGGUUGGCUCAACUGGGGCCAGAGGUUGAUACUGAUUGUACUGUUUCCUAUAUGCAAUUGGCUAAAACACACUGCAUUGGGGGCAUUGAGGCAAGUUUGGCAUUCUACCUGUGCCUCAAUAUUGAUUGCACUAUGGGACAUUUUGAGCACAGACAAGUGUUUUUUGCAAGCCCAUAUUAGACAAAUGAUCACGCAGAGAAUAAUGUAAUUUGAACCAACAGAAAUAUAUCCUUUGCUUAAUGAAUGAAUAUGUUUGUUAUUAUCCAAGUGAACUGUAAUAACCUCUCACUCGGCUCUAUUCCACUGGUGUUAUUAAUGUGAUGAGUAACACUUACCUACUAAUUCAUGUCAAAAUGGCUGCCAUGAAAAAGGACUAUUACCCCCAGUUUUCAUAUGGCUCAGCAGCACUGAUAUAAAUCUGCCUCAUAACUGUACAGAGGAGACAGGAAAAAGGAGAUUAACUGGAGUUCAGUCAGAGGCCGAACUUCACUAAACACAGACAAUAUGUUGCUUUCUCCGUCAUUCCAUAGAAACUGUUCAGGUUGGACAUUGGAUUUUUAUGUUUUAGACCACAACUAUAUAUCAUUUUUAUAUACUGCCUUGUUUUUCUCUUUGGGCUCCAAACUUGACAAUUUUCAUGGAGACACUCUUCCAGUUUACAGUUUACAUACAGUUGGCAUAUUGGGCUGGUUGAGGUAAAUAAAUACCAGUUGUCAAUUUCAUGCAAAUUUCACCCUAAUGUUAAUCCAAACACACUUUUACAGUUGUGCUCCAGUUUUGUCUGAAAACCUGAAUAAGUCAAUUCUGGCAGUUGUUUGGUUGACGGUAAAUUUAUAAAUUGGUUUAAGAGCGAUGUCAACAGUGGCAUGUGUACACAGGCAGGGGGUCGGAAGCUUCUCAAAAUGAAUGAGAGCUUAAGGGGAGAAAGAAUAGCAAAAAGUGUUGUACAAAUGCAAGGAAACUGCUCGGACAAAUAUACAUUCUAAGGUCAAACAGUUCCCACUGUUACUGUGUUUAAGGCUGAUUAAUGCAUAUUCUGUGUUUGACAUUUGCAGAGAUGGUGAGAGGAUUUAGAUCGACACAGUUUGAGUGUUCUGAGGUUUGAGAGCACACAGAAGCGAGAUUUUAGUUGGACAGAUUAUAUUAUUCCUUUGUGGUCAUAAUUAAUUCGCAAAAUUGAACCUGCUUGCAAAAAUAGCUUUUCAUGCUCAAAAUAUUGCUUCUAGGCCGAGGAUUGGGGGACACAUAUUACAAUGAAUAGGCUGCAAAAAGAAAAGUGGAAACAACCUGGCUCAAAAUAGAAAGAGAGGCUGAAGCCAGUGUGAACUUUUUUUGCACACAGCUGAGCUUGGCUCUGUAGAAACAUCAUUGUCUAAACUGGAAAAAAAGUGGCAAUUCUGAAGAACCACCCAUUGUCAACUAUUAAAAUGUUAGAUGGCUAAUGUUUGUAUUUGUGCAAUAAUAAUAUAUAUGUAGUGUAAAUGUAUAUCAACAUAAACCAGAUGCUGCGCUGUCUGGAGGAAUGUUAAGACUUUAUUGUCUUUAUUUUAAUGUAGAUUUGUGCCUUCAAACCGUGAUAGGCCUUCAGUUCUCAGAGUUUGAUGUUGCAAAACCUGUAAUAGAUAUUUUAUUUUCGUGCAGCACAGUGCCACUGAAUAUAUCCUGUUGUUUAUCUGUCUCUAUGCUACUUUGUGUUCAAGAUAUCCACAAUACAAAGAUUUCUUUAUGCUAUUUUUGUGUAGAAAUGACUUUGUAAGCAUCUUGCUGUAUGGAGCCUUUUCAAUUGUUUGAUAUGCACAUUCAGACAGUCUUCUAUGCAGUGAUAGCAUUUAAAAAAUAGCAUCUAAAGAUUCUUAUUUUCACAGCGACAUCAAGCUUGACUGGAAUUUGUAUUGCCAUCACAUUUGUAAAAACUUCUAGAUGACAUCUUUGCAGCCAUGAUUUGUCAUUGAAAUAAAAUGAAGGACAUCUGAACAGGA